AUGUGCAGAGUUCUGCGGGCCGACGUCCAUACUCGAGCCGGAGCCGCGACUCUUCUGGGUGUCGAGUCCGCGCAGCUGUACUCGGAUGCGGCGAUCGCGGACGUCGACAAAGCUAGUAGAGCGCUCAUCAAGAAGCUCGAGAAGCUCGCGCAGGUGGGUCCGGAAUACGACCGAGCCUGCGCCGCUUGCCACGAAGCCGUGGCAACGCUGAAGCGUCAGUGCGGAGAUGAGGCACUGCCGCGCUACGAGGCGUUGUUGAAGGAGGGCUUGCCCUCGUCACGCUCCAUGGGGGCCAG